UUAGCGAUUCGACUAUUCCCCGCCGCCGCCGCCUCAGUCAGUGGAAGUGCCGAAGGCAGAAGGUGUUUAUAAUGUUUUAUUGUUGUUAUUUAGAUUUGGCAGUUCAGCACAAGCGUAGUACCUAGCUCGGGAGCACAGUGAUCGACAGCGCAUCGUAGCAGCGAAAACCACCACCAUUCGCCGCACCGGUUAUCAUGUCCAUCCUUACGGAUUGGACCAGUUGCAUCGCUUGGUCUGAUUAUAGGAAGCAGCAAUUAGAGCAACAACGAUGAACAUCGCCGCUCAGGCCGCCGUCAAUCGUCUCACCGGCAGCAGCAGCAGCAGCGCCGCAGCUGGUCAUGGACCUUUGGCCACGGGUGCAUCGACGGCGGCGAUCGCUUCAAUGGCCGCGGUAGGUCCUGUGGAGAUGCCUGUCAAUGGCGUCUACAGCAAAUCCAAAGAAUGCUGGGUACUGCCCAGCAACCAUCCGCUGAUGGCACCACGGAUGACUAGUGAAAUUAUAAGCGACGAAGAUGAAGAUGAAGAUGAACAGGAGUCCCAGAGUGACGACGAUGACUCAUGUGGGACGGUUAGCGAUUUCUCAACGGAGGAAGUCCCAGUGUGGAUCAAGGGGGAGCAGAGGUUUAUCUCCGGGGUGACGGAAGAAACGACGUGCGGAGAUCUCAUCGAAGCGUUGAUUCAGCAGGAAAACUUGGCGGCAGGAUCGAAUGCAACGGAAACGAAGGAAUAUUGCAUAACGGAGCGGUGGCGACAAGUGGAGCAGGUUUUGGACGGCAAGACGAAGAUCCUCCAGAUUUGGUCUGCUUGGGGAAAAGCACAACCAGAGGUAAAAUUCAUCCUCCGCAAGACGGAUGGGUCGCAUGGAAUGUCAAUGACACCCACGACGGGGGGCGUGCUCGGGUUGCCCACCGAGCGCGACAAAGACAGUGGCCGUGGGAGCCCCACGGGGAGCAUAAACAGUGCAAUAGUGCGCCGGAAGCGUCACCGAGCGUCGAAAACGUCCUUCGCGUGGAUGACUCACGGCACGACGAUCCAUCCAAAGUCGUCCAAGAACUCGAUCGAGCGCCUCAUGAAACUGAUUCUGGAACAAGGGGACAUUAUUCAACAGCAACUGUCCAAACUGAGGGAUCGCGAGCUUCAGAUCAGCAAAAUCGAAGAAGACCGACACCGAGUUCGCGAACGAGCACACGGGAAAAACUACCUCCUUGAAACUUACCUAAAAGGGCUACCGGAAACGACGGAAGUCGAUCGCAACACCGGUGACAGUGGCGUCACCUCAGAAGCUACCACCGCAGCAUCCCCCGAAAUCGAAUCUUGCAUCGAACGGGACGCCGAAUCACCGACUACAUCGGUGGAGAAGGAUGGAAGCAUCAAGGAGCAGAUCAAUAUGCUGGAAAAGAUUGUGCAGUUGAAUAAGCAGAUUGUGAAGGAGGAAGAAACGGCGGUGAAGCUGUACGAUCGAAUCCGACGCUAUCAGCUGGACAUUCCGAAUCAGUCGCAAACUCAGAUUGAGGAUAAUUUGUCCAAGGUGAACGUAAACCUGGAGAAGAGUGAGAGCGAACUUCAAAUGAUCGAUGAGACUUUGAAACAUUCCGAUAUGGUUUUGAGGGAGAAGUCUUGCCUGCUGAAAUGUCUGCAAGAUGAACUUCAAGAUCAAGAGUUGCAAGCCAACGUAAUCAUGGACUUUUCACAACCAAAUCCGGUGCUCAGUAUCGGAAGGAUGGGUCCAGCGGCGGAAGCUGCCGGACCACUCCAGAACAUAUCUCCUGUUCCGAACAGUUACCCUCUGUAUACGAUUAAUGAGCAGCAGCUACAACAGCAGCAGCAACAACAACAUCAGCAGCAACAACAGCCGGUUUCUCACACACUUCCUCGAAGCCAACGGUUUCCAGUAACGGCUCAAAGUACAGUUGCUCAAAUUUCCGUUCACCAGAUCAACAAAUUCAUUCAAAGCAACAGCAAGUUGGGAAACAACUGCAACACCAUGCUGGACGAUAAGAUCUGUCCGAAGCAGCUGUUCAAUUCAGCAAUCUACGCACAACCGAUGAAGCACCAUGGUCUGGAAGGGCCCACAAAACCUCCGGACGAUGACCUGACUAAUAUGGGAACACUAGUGUAGAGUACGGUGCUAGUAGCUUAC